AAAAGACUUGAAAGUCAAUAUUUAUAUUUAUGAUAUUCAUUAAUAACUAACUGAUUCAUAAUAUAUAUAAUAUAAUACCAAUAAUAUAUUAGGUUGAAUGGCAAACGAGAAAAUUGAAGUGAACCUCUAUGUAUGAAUAUUAAAUAAACAUGGUCCUUCAAAAUUCAGGAAGAUUCGUAUCCGAUAAAAAGGAUAAAAAGGACGAAAAUCCUGGGCGAUCUGGAAAUUCGGCUCCUGAAAGGGAAGAGACUUCCGAAUACAGAUUGCGAUUGUCUCUUGAAAAUGAAGCUAUAGAUGCCAAAUAUGGUUUUGAAAGGCUUUCAGAUUGCCAAGAGCAUACCGGAUUUCUUCUCAAUAUGCAUUCAACAGAAGUUUUGGAUGAGGAUAAGAGAUUAAUCUCUGCAGUAGAUUUUUAUUUUAUUGAAGAAGAUGGUACCAGGUUUAAAGUUUCUUAUGCUUUUAUGCCUUAUUUUUACAUACUAACAAAAAGAGAAUACAUCAAUGAAAUUAGUCAAUUUCUCAUAAAAAAGUAUGGUGGCACAAUUUCCAAAUGCAAUGUAAUAGAAAAAGAAGAUUUAGAUUUGCAAAACCAUUUGAUUGGGCUCAAACAAAAAUAUAUAAAACUUUCUUUUGCAAAUCAAACUGAUUUAAUCAAAGUAAGGAAGGAUAUACUCAAAAGUGUGAGAAAAAAUAGAGAUAAAGUUGAUGAAAAUAGUUUUUAUAAUGAAAUGUUAACAGAAUCUUUAGCAAACAUUCAAAUUGAAUCAGUUAAAAGUAAAGGAGAUCCAAUGGAGAACAUAUUAGAUAUAAGAGAAUAUGAUGUACCAUACCAUGUUAGAGUUUCUAUAGAUUUGAAGAUAUUUUGUGGAUCAUGGUAUACUGUGAAAUGUAAAGCAUCAAUCACAGAUCCUCCCAUCAUCAGUUUGAGAAGUGAUAUCAUUGAACGUCCCGAACCUAUAGUAUUAGCUUACGAUAUAGAGACAACGAAGCUACCUCUCAAAUUUCCAGAUGCCAACACUGAUCAAAUUAUGAUGAUAUCUUAUAUGAUAGAUGGGCAAGGUUUCCUUAUAACAAACCGAGAAAUAUUAUCAUCUGAUAUUGAAGAUUUCGAAUACACUCCAAAGCCAGAAUAUGAAGGGAAAUUCACCAUUUUUAAUGAAGUGAACGAGAGAGCGCUCAUUACAAAAUUUUUCGAACACAUAAUUGACAUCAGACCCCAUAUUUUCGUCACUUACAACGGGGAUUUCUUCGAUUGGCCUUUUUUGGAAGCUAGAGCGGCAGUUUAUGAUUUGGAUAUGAAAACUGAAAUAGGUUUCAGUCGAAAUAAGGAGGAUAUAUAUGUUUGCAGACCUGCAAUGCAUAUGGAUUGUCUGUGCUGGGUAAAAAGAGAUUCUUAUUUACCGGUUGGAUCACAAAAUUUGAAAGCUGUUGCCAAAGCAAAGUUGAGGUAUGAUCCGGUGGAACUCGAUCCUGAAGAAAUGUGCCCUUUAGCUGCUUCCGCUCCCCAAGUUCUUUCCAAUUAUUCGGUGUCAGAUGCCGUAGCCACGUACUACUUAUACAUGCAGUAUGUUCAUCCGUUUAUAUUCGCCUUGUGCACAAUCAUUCCUUGUGAACCGGAUGAAGUACUCCGAAAAGGCUCUGGGACACUUUGUGAGGCGCUUCUAAUGGUGGAAGCCUUCCACGCUAAUAUUAUAUUUCCAAAUAAAGAGGAAACAGUCCUUAACAAACUCACAGAAGACGGACAUGUCUUACAUCAAGAAACUUACGUAGGAGGUCAUGUUGAAGCCUUAGAAUCUGGGGUGUUUCGGGCAGAUAUACCAUGUAGAUUCAAACUCGUUCCAGAUGCAAUCGAUACUCUCAUUCAGAAACUGCCGCAUACACUUCAGCAUGCAAUUGAAGUAGAGGAAGGUGUUCAAAUGGAUAAAGUUAUCAAUCUAGAGGAUGUAAGAAAUGAAAUAGUAGAGAAAUUAACUGCUUUGAAGGAACGUCCUAUGCGGCUAGAAAGACCCCUAAUAUAUCAUUUAGAUGUUGGUGCUAUGUAUCCAAAUAUUAUUUUGACCAAUAGACUGCAACCAUGCGCCAUGGUUAAUGAGACAAUUUGUGCUGCCUGUGACUUCAAUAAACCUAAUGCAAAAUGUCAGCGAAACAUGGCCUGGAUGAGUAGAGCUGAGUUUAUGCCAGCUACAAAAAACGAAUAUCACAGGAUACAACAGCAACUAGAAACAGAAAAAUUUCCGCCUCUUAUACCUGGUGGUCCAAAAAGGGCUUUUCACCAAUUAUCAAAACAAGAACAAGCCGAUUUAGAGAAGAAGAGACUCUUGAUCUACUGUAGAAAGGUCUAUAAAAAGCAGAAAGUCACCAGAGUGGAGGAAAAAACGACAACUAUUUGUCAGAAAGAAAAUUCUUUCUAUGUUGAUACAGUAAGAGCCUUCAGGGACAGAAGAUAUGAAUACAAGGGUUUAUCAAAAAAAGCGAAAGCAGCUGUUUCGGCAGCUAUUAAGGGAGGAAAUGCUUCUGAAAUUAAAUCUGCGAAAAAUAGAGAAGUUCUAUAUGAUUCUCUACAGUUGGCCCAUAAGUGCAUAUUGAACUCAUUUUAUGGAUAUGUUAUGAGAAGAGGGGCUCGCUGGCAUAGUAUGGAAAUGGCUGGUAUUGUAUGUUACACAGGGGCACAUAUUAUCAUGAGGGCAAGAGAAAUCAUCGAAAGGGUCGGAAGACCAUUAGAACUAGAUACCGAUGGUAUAUGGUGUGUACUUCCGGCGUCGUUCCCAGAAAAUUUAGUUGUACAUACGAACGACGAAAAGAAGAAAAAACUUAUAAUUUCCUACCCGAAUGCUGUCUUAAAUUCGAUGGUCAAAGAAUAUUUCACCAACGACCAAUACCACGAGUUGGUCAAUCCGGAAACAAUGGAAUAUGAAUUGAGGGACGAAAAUUCGAUUUUCUUCGAAGUUGAUGGGCCCUAUAAAGCCAUGGUUCUACCAGCUUCCAAAGAGGAAGGAAAGAAAUUGAAAAAACGUUAUGCAGUUUUCAAUUUUGACGGAUCAUUGGCUGAAUUGAAAGGAUUCGAGAUAAAAAGAAGAGGAGAAUUGCAGCUCAUAAAAAAUUUUCAAUCUUCAGUUUUCGAAGCUUUUCUCAAGGGUGAUACUCUAGAGAGCUGCUAUGCCUCUGUAGCACAAGUGGCCGAUUACUGGUUGGACGUGCUCUUUUCACACGGUAGAAACAUGCCGGAUAGCGAGCUGUUCGAUCUUAUUUCUGAAAACAGAUCUAUGUCGAAGAAACUGGAGGAAUAUGGGGGGCAAAAAAGUACUUCAAUAAGUACUGCCAAAAGAUUGGCCGAGUUUCUAGGAGAUCAAAUGGUGAAAGAUGCUGGAUUAGCUUGUAAAUAUAUCAUUUCGAAGAAGCCUAAUGGAGCGCCUGUUACUGAAAGGGCAAUUCCUCUAGCAAUAUUCCAAGCUGAAGAGAGUGUUCAAAAACAUUACCUUAGGAAAUGGCUCAAAGAUAGCUCUAUAGAUACUAUUGACAUCCGUGAUAUUUUAGAUUGGGGAUAUUACAUAGAACGUUUAGGGGGUGCAAUUCAAAAAAUCAUCACAAUUCCGGCAGCUAUGCAAGGGGUUCCGAACCCAGUUCCAAGAGUAAGACAUCCUGAUUGGCUGCAUAAAAAAAUGUUGGAGAAAAACGAUAAUUUCAAGCAGAGAAGAAUAAAUGAAAUUUUCUCUGCCGCUCCAAAAACAUUUGUUGUGAAUGAUGUUGAAGAUUUCGGUAAAAACAAAAAUCCUAUGCAAAAAACUGUUGCCUUGGUUACUAAAAGAAAAAGGCAAAGGGAUGCAGAAUAUAGUGAAGACGAACUGAACAGAAGUUGGAGGGAAGUAUUGGGUAAUCCCCCAAAAUUUGGCAAUACUUUGGGUGAACGAAAAGCUUGGCUAGCUUUCCAGAAGAAGAAAUGGGAAUUUCAAGCUUUCCAAAGGGAUAAUGGCCAACAAUCGAAAAGAAUUAAAUCAGCAGCUAAUACAGCUCUAAGAUCAGGAGUAAAUAUACAGAGUUUCAUUCAAAAAGCACAAAGAAAGUUAUAUAAUUUAUCCUGGCAAGUUGUACAAGUGAUUGAAAGUAAUACACCAGGGGAAUUCAAAUUGUGGGCUCUGGUUGAAUCAGAAUUACAUCUGCUCAAAAUGAAGGUUCCAAAAAUUUAUUAUGUUAAUUUAAGAACCCCAAAAGUCGCAGAGGAAGGAGACCUUUUCAAGAAAUGCAACAGGAUUCUUCCUAGGUCUAGGCCUAUUUAUAAUCUUUAUAGAUAUUCAGUACCCGAAGAAUUGUAUAGGAAACAUGAAAAAGAUGUAUUCUUGGAUUUAUCUGAUCCAAACGUUGAAGGGCUUUAUGAGACACAAGUUCCAUCAAUGUUUAGAGUUUUAGUUCAAAUAGGCUCAGUUUGCAAAUUGAGGAGAGGGGCUAAUAACACUGAUUUCUUUGAUUUAGAGGACAUAGAAAUGGUGAACAUGUCGAAAGGUUCUUAUUUGCCCAAAGAUUCGUUGAAACAUAUUUACUUCUAUCAGCACAGGCAUCCCACAAAAAAGCAACAAAUGUUCGGAUUAUUCAUCACAUCUCUUAAGAAAGCAUUAAUUAUUGUUGUUGACUCUGUACGAACCAACUUGAUGCCGAAUAUGAAUAAUUUAUAUGAAGCUGAAAGAAUAGUGAAAAAGGAAAAAGAUGAUAAUCUUCUACCUCCAGAAGGUGUACAGUUUGAAGUCAGAGUUGAAACAGACUUGAAUGUUGUCUAUAAAUUAUUACAUAAAACAUUACAAGGUUAUAAGGAUGAGAAACGUGGGCCAACUUUAAUUGCCAUUCAGUCAACAACUACUAUCAGCACAUUAUGCAAUAGUAUUCCUGCUCUAUCAGACUUUCCACAAUGUCAAAUUCAUAUUCAGGACCUGGAUGACCUAUACAAUGUAUUGGAAUGGCAAAAAGUGGGUGCUAAAGCCUUAGUUCGAAAUUACUUAAAUAGCGAAAGAGUAAUCGAGCUUAUGACAGAACAAUGUAGGUACUUCUUAUUACCUAUUGGAAAUAUGCCAGCAGAUCCAGCAAUAUUCGGCUCUGAUCUAUUUUAUGCAAGACAUCUUAUGCAACACAAUCACCUACUUUGGUGUUCACCGUCAGAUAAGCCAGAUUUAGGAGGUAGUCAAGAAAAUGAUGCAAGGCUUUUGGCGGAAAAUCAGGAGUCCUCUAGUGAGGUUUGUAAUAAACCAGGAUGGUUCUCAACAAUGUGUAUUGAGCUUGAUAUAGAUGGUUUAGCUAUAAAUACUCUUCUACAAGCUCAUCAUGUUACUGAUAUAGAAGGUACAUCAUCUGUUAAUGCAUUCGAUGCAGUCAAUGCAGCAUCUUUGGAUGAUUUGGUUGGCAAAAGUCAGAUGAGCUAUGACGAAACUACCAGAUGUGCUGAAGCAUUCAAAAUUUUGAGAGGAAUGGCUACCAUGUGGAUGAGGGAUAUUUCAUUGUACAAAAAUGUGUAUGCAGAUUUUCAAGUCAUUCAUUUUUAUAGAUGGCUGAGAUCGCCAAAAGCUCUUCUUUAUGACCCAGCUUUGUUGAGAAAUCUACAAAAUUUGAUGAAGAAGCUUUUUCUCCAACUCGUUGCUGAAUUGAAGAGAUUGGGUUGUACCAUAAUAUAUGCUAAUUUUAAUAAAAUAGUAAUCUGUACCAAGAAGAGAAAUGUUGAAGAUGCUGUGGGAAACAUAGAAUUUGUUGUCGCUUCGAUUAGGAAUAAGGAAUUGUUUCAUUCACUUGAAAUAACCUUUAGGCAGUGUUGGGAACAUCUUGUUUGGUUGGAUACUGCGAAUUAUGCUGGAAUACAAGGAAAAUUAUCUGAAAAUCUUCAAAACGAAAAUGAUGAAUCGGGUAAUUUGGAGAAUCUUGAUAAUGACGAAGAAGAGGAAGAAGGGCCUGUUGUGAUGAUGAAUUGGAAUAUUGCUGAACAACUUCCAGAGAAAGCUGGUUGUAGAGACAGUUUUAAAACUGUUAUAGCUGGAUAUAUAGACGCCAUUUAUCAAAGAUUGAAGUCCAGUAAUAACACUACUAUGGUGGCACCUGUGUUCAGUCAACCUUACAAUGGUUUAUCGGCUCACGAAGAUGUAGCAAAUUAUGCCAAAGACUUGAUCAACAAUGAAAUAAGCCAAUCUCUUUUCAAGAUAACAGAAAAAUUGAACAGAAUUCUUCCCCCCACACCAGACGGUAAUUUUCCAGCAUUGGAUUAUGUAAAAUCCGUUUGUCAUAUUUUAGAUUUAGAUCCUAGUAUCAGAGAAGCUGUGAUUAAUUUAAAGAGUAACUUAUUGCGAUUAUUAGGGGUCGGGGAAUUUUCCGAGAAAGCUAAUUGGAAGGGUGUUAUUGUUUCUUACAUAAUACCACAAAUAAUUUGUAAAGCUUGCAACCACUGUAGGGAUUUGGACCUAGGGAGGGAUCCAUUCAGAUCAGAACAUGCCUGGUUAUGUCCCCUAUGCAAUACACCCUAUGACAACAGCGAGAUCGAAAAUUUACUGCUGGAUAUAGUCAAUCGAAAAUUUUUGGCUUAUAACCUUCAAGAUUUGCAGUGUAAGAAAUGUGCCCAGAUAAAACUGGAAGAUUUGAUAAAGUAUUGUUCAUGUUCUUCAGAAUUCAAAUGUUUGAUAUCUAGAGAAGAACUAAUGAAACUUCUGGAAACAUUUAAAACCUUAGCCGAAACUUUCAAUAUGCCUACACUACAAGAAACUAUGGAAAAAACCUUGAAGAUAUGUUAGAAUAAAUAAUAAACACAUUGUUAUUUUGUAA